GCCGCUCGCCCGCCCGCCCGCAGCUCGCACUCGGUAGCGCCGCGGGGCAAGCAUGGGAGCCGAGCGCGCCCUCCCGGCGCCCACACCUGUCUGAGCGGCGCGGGCACCCGGCCCGGCGGGCAGCUCGGCGCGGUCGAGAGGUAAUUUUUCAUCCCUUCCUGUGCCUGAACUGCAAAGGAAGCAUUAUUCCAAGAGAGUGGUGCUCAGCAUGGCGGGGAUUCCAGGGUUCCUCCUCCUCCUCCUCCUCAUGCUCCUUCUCCUCCUCUGCGCUGUGGGGCAGGUGAGCCCCUCCAGCGCCCACUGGAAGCCCACCUGGCCUGCUUACCGCCUUCCUGUCAUCCUGCCCCAGUCCACUCUCCACUUAGCCAAGCCAGACUUCGGGGCCGAAGCCAAAUUGGAAGUGUCCUCCUCAUGCGGACCCCAGUGUCAUAAGGGAACCCCACUGCCCACUUACGAAGAGGUCAAGCAGUACCUGUCUUAUGAAACGCUCUACUCCAAUGGCAGCCGCACCGAGACCCAGGUGGGCAUUUACGUCCUCGGCAGUGGUGGCAGCAAGUCCUCGGGCAAGUCCCGGAGGAAGCGGCAGAUUUACGGCUACGACAGCAGGUUCAGCAUUUUUGGGAAGGACUUCCUGCUCAACUACCCUUUCUCCACCUCGGUGAAGCUGUCCACAGGCUGCACGGGCACCCUGGUGUCGGAGAAGCACGUCCUCACGGCUGCCCACUGCAUCCACGACGGCAAAACCUACGUGAAAGGAACCCAGAAACUCCGCGUGGGCUUCCUGAAGCCCAAGGUCAAAGAGGGCCGCGGGGCCAACAGCUCCAGCGCAGCCGGGCCCGAGAAGAUGAAAUUUCAAUGGAUCCGAGUGAAGCGCACCCACGUGCCCAAAGGCUGGAUCAAGGGCAAUGCCAACGACAUUGGCAUGGAUUACGACUACGCUCUCCUGGAACUCAAAAAACUCCACAAGAGAAAGUUCAUGAAGAUUGGGGUGAGCCCUCCCGCCAAGCAGCUGCCGGGAGGCAGGAUCCACUUCUCUGGUUAUGACAACGACCGGCUGGGCAACCUGGUGUACCGCUUCUGCGACGUCAAAGAUGAGACCUAUGACCUGCUCUACCAGCAGUGCGACGCCCAGCCCGGGGCCAGCGGGUCAGGGGUCUACGUGAGGAUGUGGAAGAGACAGCAGCAGAAGUGGGAGCGGAAAAUCAUUGGCAUCUUUUCAGGGCACCAGUGGGUAGACAUGAAUGGUUCUCCACAGGAUUUCAACGUCGCUGUGAGGAUCACGCCUCUCAAGUAUGCCCAGAUUUGCUAUUGGAUUAAAGGAAACUACCUGGAUUGCAGGGAGGGGUGACAAUGGGAAUCUUUCCUGCAGCACUUAGAGGUCUUCAUGUCCUUAUUUUAGGAGAGGCCACAUGAGGUCAUUGGUAUGUGUGUUCGAGUGUGUGUGCGUGUGUGUGUGUGAGUGUGUGUGCAUGUGUGUGAGUGUGUGUGCAUGUGUGUGAGUGUGUGUGCAUGUAGUGUGUCAUAAUAUCUUUUACAUCAUUUUUUUUUAAAUUGCAAGAUGACUGGCAUCAUGAUUUGAAAAUUGGUUUGUGUAUCACGUCAUAUCUUUUGAGCAGUUGGAAAGCCUACUUUUGCAUAGAAAUAAAAAGCAUACUGAUGUUUGGGGCAAUGGGGACUCUUUAGCGACUAAGUUAAUCUUUCACUUUUUGAGAACUUUGAUUUUUAUUUCAUCUGAACUUGUUGCAAAGGUUUAUAUUAAAUAUGUGGCAUACAGGAGAUAUAAAUUCUAAUGUGUGUAUAGUGUGUAUUUUCUCCUGAGAGUCAUCUUAUUUUUGUUUUGGGUUUUUUUAAACUCCUAAUCACUAAUGUGUCCAGAUGGCAGUGUUCCCCGCAGCAUACAACACAUGGUACCUUUCAAAGCACCUCUGCGACAGGCAGUUACCAUAGUUUGGAUUUGGAGAUCUGCGCGGUAGUCCUUGAUCAGUAAAAUAAUUUGUUGACCAUGUUAGUAUACAUUAAAUUAUAUCUAACAGUCAGUCAGUCCCCAAGAUGUUUUUUAGUUUUGAGAUAGUUUCUCUUCCGAAGAUUGUUGCUCUAUGUUUGAGGAAGACUUUGCAUAUGGCCCUCCCCAGAGUAGGCUACAUGGUUUAUGCCAGCACUUCCAGGACUUAACAGGAUUUCACUCACAUUUUUCGAACUAACUGUUUCGGAAGACAAUCAUCAGGGCCUCAUUGGAGCAGGCUGUGUUGCUUCCCAGCGCACAGUUGUGGUCACACUACAAUCAUUGCAUUUCCCCCCCGGAGUGUAGCACAUCUCAUGUUUUAUCAUUUGGAUGGAGUAAUUGAAAAUGAAUUAAAUUCCAGAGAACAAUGGGUGCAUUGCUCAGCAGAUGUCACGGCAGAAUGAGGACUUGUUUGGAGCCUGGCACAGUCUCCCGGUCUAAUCAGAAUUAUUCCGCAUACUUUUCAGGGUGCUUGGCUCAUUUGGACACUUUUCUCUUGUACUUUACUUACUUUAUAAUAAAAAUAUUUGGAAGGUGCUAUAAGAAAAAACAACAUGACUUUCUUUUUCCCCCCACUAGCUUUAAAAGGGCUUGCUUUACUGGAAUACUCUAAGCUGCAGGCACAUAUAAUCAAAUAGACUAGCAACAAUGGCAAUUGGGAGAAGGAAAAAUAGAUUAGAAUCAUCACUCCAGUAAGUACCUUUAUGAACUUUUAUCCAUAGGAAAGUCACAGUAUGUAAAGGAGAGAGUUUGACUCAUUUUAUGUCUUAAUUCUUUGCCUCUCAGCCUGGAUGCUUCUUUUUAAAUGAAUUACAAAUGGGUCACACGGCAGAUGUUUGCUGUUCUCGCUCCCCGGGUAACUUCAGCCUGCCUUCUGACUAUCUGUGAGGACAUCCAAAUACAGUAUUGAUGCUUAAACCUCACCCAGGUGGUUUGGCUUGUGUGUCUCUUGAGCUUUUCAGAAAGAUAAUCCGGCUAAGUCACUCAAGAAAUGUACAAUCAUAGUGCUUUCUUUAAAUCACAUAAGAAAUACUAUGCAUAGCAUUCUAGCCAGUUUGACUUAGUGGACAGAGAGUCAGCUUGUGGACCAAAGGGUCCCAGGUUCAACUCCAAUCAAGAGCAUGUACCUUGGUUGCAGGCUCCUCCCUGGCCUGGGCCCUGGUCAAGGCUCAUAUAGGAGGCAACCAAUCAAUGUGAUUCUCUCACAUCAAUAUUUCUCUCUGUCUUUCCCUCUCUUAGCAAGAAUCUAGCCUGAGGAAGAAGAGAAGUCUCCAUCUCUAUGUCUGGUAUUUGGGGAGUUUGUUUGGUUUACCUUUUGCUUCAUGCAAAGAGGUGUUCACUGAACACCUAGGUCAGAACUGCUUUUUUAAAAAUAAAUAUACCUUGAUUUCUUCAUGUCAACGUGUGCAAAGGCUAAGCUUCCCUCAGCAAGGAGAGGCAAUGGCAGAAAGCUAAAACAGCAUCAACGUUUAGUUCUCAAGUAGAUGUAACUUUACUAAGGAAUUGUACCCAUGUGCUCUGGGGAGCGCACCUCAGGACUGUAAAAUCAUUCAACAUGUCCACCUUUUCAGUGGUAAUAGAAAGAAGCUUUUUAUUAAUUAUCAUGAAAGUUGAAGUAAAAAAAAAGAAGAAAGGACUCAUGAUAUUAUUAAGAUAAUUCAUGUAUUAAUUAUACAUCCCAAGGCUGUAUUCCCAGUAAGACGUAGAACGUUUCUUAAAGUGUGUGCCUUAAACACUCAUUCCUCCCCAUUUUCUACCAAAAAUAAAAAGGGCACCAUCACCAAGAAGGAGGGAGAUGACCCUCAAUCCCACCUCCCCCCCUCCUUAUCAGGGAUUCACAUGUUUGUUUGCACAUUAAAAGCUCUAAGAAGUCCUGUACUGGAGACAUGUUAAUGUUUUAAUGUCUGCAUUUCAAUAAACACCUUUGGUCACCACA